CGUCGUUGAACAGACAGUGGGUGGAGAAAAACAACCGCUUCCGUGUUGAUCUCAGCGGAUAAAUAACAACUAAAUGAUUAAACAAACGGGGCAGAAUGCUAUAAUGGUUUUAUAAAUCAUUUCGUCAGAAAGGAAUCGCUCAUGAAAAUGUCGUCGCCACAAGGCUCAAAGAAAAGGGACAAGCGAAUUUUAUCAGGAAUCUGUCCAGAUUCCAAAUGUCAUGCAAGAUUGUUCUUCCCUGCUUAUAGCUCAGUUAGCAUUGAAUGCACGGAAUGUGGCCAGCGUCAUGAACAGAAGAAUCUUUUAAAUGUGGAAGAAGUAACCGACCCUGAUGUUGUGCUUCAUAAUUUACUGAGAAACGCUUUGCUCGAUGUUACUGGAGCUCCCAAAAAAAGCACAGAACUGGUCAAAGUGAUGGGUCUGUCCAACUACCACUGCAAGCUGCUGUCACCGAUUCUUACCCGUUACGGAAUGGACAAACAGACUGGAAAAGCGAAACUACUACGGGAGAUAAAUCAAGGUGAGCUCUUUGACUGUUCGCUGUUAGGUGGCCGAGCUUUUCUUAUAGAGCAGGAGCACGUAUCUACAGUUGGCUAUGGUAAGGACAGAUCUGGCAGCCUCAUAUACCUCCACGACACAUUGGAGGAGAUAAAGAAAGCCAACAACAACAAAGAAUGUCUCAUUCCUGUGCAUGUGGAUGGAGAUGGCCAUUGCCUAGUUCAUGCUGUGUCCAGGGCUUUAGUGGGUCGUGAGCUGUUUUGGCACGCGCUGAGAGAAAACCUUAAGCUCAGUUUUAAACAAAACCUGGAUCGCUAUAAGGCUCUCUUUCAAGACUUUAUUGACACUGUAGAAUGGGAGGACAUCAUCAACGAGUGUGACCCUUUGUUCGUGCCUCCGGAGGGUGUCCCUCUUGGAUUGAGGAACAUCCAUAUUUUUGGCUUAGCCAAUGUCCUUCACCGUCCCAUAAUUCUGCUGGACUCUCUGAGUGGCAUGAGGAGCUCAGGUGACUACUCGGCCACGUUUCUGCCAGGCUUGGUGCCCGAGGAGCAAUGCAGGGGAAAGGAUGGUACCCUCAACAAGCCCAUCUGCAUUGCAUGGAGCAGCUCAGGCAGGAAUCAUUAUCUCCCUCUAGUGGGUAUUAAGGGGAUGCUUCUCCCAAAACUGCCUGCAGCACUGAUCCCCAAAGCUUGGGGAGUUCCACAAGAACUUAUCAGUAGGUAUAUCAGUUUUGAAGCCUGUGGAGGCUGCAUUAUUGGGGGAGAUCGAAGCUUGCAAGAGAAAUACCUGCUCCGUUUAGUCAGUGCAAUGGAAGAGGUUUUUAUAGAGAAACAUGGCAUCCAUCCUGCACUGGUGGCUGAUGUUCAUCAGUAUUUUUACCGCAGAACAGGGGUGAUUGGCAUUCAACCAGAAGACGUGACAGAGGCAGCAAAAAAAAUGGUGAAGGAGAAUCGUCUGUACUGCUGUCUGAUUUGCAAUGCACUGUCUGAACUCCAUGUUCCCUCUGAGUGGUUGGUGCCUGGUGGAAAACUAUACAACCUUGCUAAGUCUACUCAUGGCACUCUCCGUGGAGACAAGAACUACACUUUUCCAUUGAAUAACUUAGUAUGCUCCUACUGCCCUGAGAGGGAUGCACUGGUUCCUGACUACAAACUCAGUUCACUGACCACCUGCACCUGGUGCCACAGAAACUCUGCACGGCAUGUCCGUGGUGAUGGAUCUAUAGUGUACAUUGAUGGGGACCGUACAAACACACGCUCACAGGGUGGUAAGUGUGGUUGUGGCUUUAAACAUUUCUGGGAAGGAAAGGAGUAUGAUAACUUGCCAGAGGCAUUUCCAAUUACCCUUGAAUGGGGUGGCCGUGUAGUUCGAGAGACUGUCUAUUGGUUCCAGUAUGAAUUAGAUGUGGCACUGAACAGCAAUGUCUACAAUGUGGCAAUGUGCCUCGUCACAAAGCACUUCCCAGGAGAGUUUGGCAGUGAGAUUCUUGUGCAGAAGGUAGUGAACACUGUUCUGCACCAUACAGCAAAGAAGAACCCAGAGGAGUACCACCCCGUGGCUAUAGAGGGUGCUCACAUGCAGGGUCAAGGUCAAGGGGGUGGGAAAGUGGUAGAGUGGGAUGCAAACCCUCCCCAAAAGAUUAUAUUGACAGGACAAAAGGGCCGCACAUUACAUAAAGAGGAACUGGUGAUGAGCCAAGCAGAGAGAAGUCUGCAACAUAAGAUUAGUGAGCAGGCAGCUCUGUCUCAACGCAGACGCACACAACAUCAGAGGAUGCAAGACCAGAUUGCAGAGCCUCGCCCUGCCUCCCCUGCCCCCUUCUCCUCAGCCCCACCCACACCCACUAAAGGCUUGACCCCUAGUGGGCAAAAGAAGAUCCGGGUGACAACCAGUGAUGGGAGACAGGCGACACUACAGCUGCAAGCCCAUAAUACCUAUGCAGAGCUGCAGGAAGCCAUCACAGAGGCCUUCAACUUACAGCCCCACCAACAGUGCAUUCGACAUGGCUUUCCUCCUCGGGAACUGCCCCCACCACCCCCAGAACAACAGGACCAACCUGUGGCCCUGCAACAUGGAGACCGCAUUACUGUGGAAGUGCUCAAGGAGAGUGUACCAGAUUCUCAAACAGAUACUCAUACCCCAAUGGAACCUUGGCUCAGCAGAACCAGCAGCCGAGAGUUAGAGGAUGGUGUUGACCUGGAGAUGUCUUCACUCUGUCUCCUUGCAACACUUAUGGGUGAGGAUGUGUGGUCAUAUGCAAAGAAGUUACCUCAUCUGUUUCAGCAGGGAGGAGUCUUCUAUAACAUUGUAAAGAAAGAUAUGGGUCUAUUGGAUGGGAAGCACUGCACUCUGCCACACCUGACUGGUAAGACAUUUGUGUUUAAUGCAGCAGAGCAGCGUUUGGAGCUGUGUGUGGAUGCUGCUGGCCACUUCCCAGUGGGCCCUAAUGUGGAGGAAAUUAUACAAGAGACAUUGUCCCAACUUUGUUCUGAGGCUUCCCUUCACAACCGUGACGGAAGCCCUGCUCAUGGCCUAAAACUGGGCAGUGGAGGGGUGGUGCGCAAGAAGGAGCAGGCAGUUACUGCUUUCCAGGGAAAAGGCCACUCACUGGGAUCCACCUCACAUGAGCACCCACCAAUCAGGCGUGAACACAGCAACGGAGUGGACCUAAGUGGCAGUGUACAGGGGGAAGGGCUAGCACGGGCAAGGGAAGAGCUGGUGCGUGUGGCCCCAGGCAUGCUCACCCUGCGGGAAGGGUGUCGGGAAUUAGAAUUAGAGCCCACAGCGAUUGAGGCUCAACGGCAUCGUCUACAGGAGAUGGUGUCAAAUAUACAGGCUUCUAUGGACAAACACUUACGGCAGCAGACAACACCUAGCACUGCUGCUAAGCAAGAUGACAAGGAGGAAGAGCUAGAUGAGCAAAAAGAUAUAAAGAGUCAAGGGGCAGAUUCUCCAAGCAUCUCUGAGCCCAUGGACCAGUCCUUAUGAUGUGCUCUUGUGCAAAUGUACUUAAAAAACUUAAUCAUAUUUACCAAUAACUAUAUGUGAGGUUCUCAGCUUAAUUCCUGAGUAAUUGUUAUAAAGAGGUUGAAGUUGAGCAAAGGUGCUGGUAAAAAUUAGCUUUUUCCAUAUAUUGCAGCACACACAUUCAUGCUUUACAUAGACAUUUAAGUCAGGAGCACACAGUGACUGUGUGUAAAACCAAGUGCAUCUGGUUUUCAAUACACAAAUCCUUCUGUAGCGGUUUAUACUCCAAAAUCAGCUACAAAAUGCAUUUACCCAGCAUCCCUUAUAGAUAGUGGGUUGUUGUUAGUCUGUUGUGAAAGUAAAGGGACUCCUAAUUGUUGUAAUGUAGUUCAAAUGCAACAUUCAAAGAUAAUGCAGUGCUGAUCCGAUUUUUUUUCUUCAACUGGCUAGUGUGUGUUUUGCACGGUGAUACUAUUGGUAGAAUAUGAUCUAUACCUCUAUGGGACUGUAUAUUUGUCUUCUGAUUAAGCCAAGUGUGGAUCAAAUGAAAGGUGUCAUUAGGAACUCUCCACUGGAACUCACCACUUGUUUUUGUGACCAGAUUAAAACUGCCAGCUCUUGGUAUUUGAAAGUCACAAUGAUGGAAGAAUGUUGACAAAUAUAAACUGAAGGAAUUUUGUUUAUUUUUGGCACACAGUGCUAUGCUUAACAUGCUGCUGUGAUAUUAAAUUCAACACAAUAUUGUUGUAUCACAGAUGAUAUAAUCCUCUGAAUUAGUAACACUAAAGAUUAAAGGAGUGCUUUAGGUUUAACUUGAGUGUGGUAAAGUUUGUAUAAUAUAAUACAUCUUUACUAAAGCAAGGAACACUUAGGAGUACUGGUUGACUGAUUCUUUGAUUCUUUCGUUGGCUGAGUGUAAAUAUUUACUGAAUGGACUGUUUCUGGUGUGACUACUGUCCUCCACAGGGGUGCUGCUGCAUUCUUGUCUGAUUAGUUAAACCUUUAAAAAAAAAAAAAAAGGAGUUGUAUUUCAUUACUCAAUUCUGAGUAAAAAUGUGCACUGUAUGUAUCUACUGGAUCUUGCAGGGGGAUUUUUGUUAGCAAGCAGGCUGGGAUGACCUGACCAAAGCUUUCCUCCUAUACGUUUCAGACAGGUCUAGUGGAGAGUAAUGUUAUAUUUACAUUUGCUAGUGAUGGCCUUGUACAUGUUCUACCAUUGUACAUGCACUUCCACACAGCCUUAAUGGUCACUAAGGUUUACUUACAUCCCACUAUAUACAGUCUUUACAAUUUUCUUCCUUCACCACAAUUUUUUUUUAUAAUGAUCUUGUAUAAUUUUAUUAUAAAAUACUUUGAUUAUAACUGAUUAUAAGGUUGCUCAGGCUAUUGUCUCAUUCAUUUAUCUGUAAAUUGAUCUCCCAGUUCCUUUUUUGUUAUUGCACAGCUUUUUAAGAUGCAAGACUGUUUCAAGCGAAAGAAAUGUCAUGUGAGCAUGCCUCUCUGAAUGAAAGUAAGAAGUGGGUUUACUGUAGAAUGGAGUGGAACCUUUACUGUGGACUUAAGUUUAGGCAUUUUUCUUUUGAUUUGCAAGUUACACGAAUUAAAACAUGAAGAAAUAGUAGAAGGAAUUGCUUGAGCUAACUAGCUCCUUUUAUUUUAUUGCUUGAAUUAUUUCAACUUUCGAGAUUUUUCAUGAUACAAAGAAAUGAUUCAUUAUAUUUCUCUGUUGGCUCAUAUAUUUGAGAGAGAGAGAGAGAGAGAGAGAGAGAGAGAGAGAGAUUUAUAUAAGCACUAUUCUUUAACAUUGGUAGUAAUAUGGGCAAAAUGGAAAACGUAUAGAUCAGUUAUUUACAGUUUUUAUUUUCAACUGAUCUUCCUGAUGAUGACCUGUAAUAUAUAGUAUAUAUUGUACUUUAUCCUGUACAUAUGGUCAUUUAUUUUCCCAUUGUUUUGAUUUGUUGUUACUUUUGUUUGCCAACAAAGUGGUCUGAGGAUCCUACACAGCUAAAGCAUUCACAGUUUGCAUGUGCAGUAAAUUUUUGGCCUAAAACCUGAAUAAAGUUCCUCCCUCACUGUAA